UGCGAGGGCCUCAGGGGAGUUGUGCACCAAAUCCGGCUAUUCCCAACUCAACAAUAUUGCCAGGAGCCACUUGUCAUGACUUCAAGGGUGUUCAAGCUAGCCGGUCCACUCGAGUACCCUUUCUCGAAAAAUGCCUUGCUCCCGGCCCCCCUUGCGGUGCCGUCAGACCGCGCCGAUGCGCUACGGAAAGGAAGAGGCUUGAUGUUCUUCCUUCAGCAGAACCUCCCGGAACCCAAAAAACGACAGUGGCUACAGACUCUCUUCUCCCGGCAGCAUCCACAACGCCUUUUACCUGGUUCUGCGCUUACCGUUACACUGGAACACGCCCCUGGAAUCUUCUCGGGUGUACUGAUGUCGGUGCGGCGACGCGGACCUGACACGUCCUUUGUUCUGCGGAAUGUGGUCCAACGGACGGGAGUGGAGAUGCAAUUUUUCGUCAACUCGCCUCAUCUGAAGGAUAUUAGAGUCAUCCAGCGAGCUGGUGGGGGGCCGGGCAAAGAGGGCAGGAGGCAGAGACGCGCGAAGCUGUUCUUCCUCCGAGAUUCUCCCUCCAAAAUGAGUGCGAUCUCCGCAGGGCUUAAAGGCUAGCCAUGUAAGUGGAUCUUCGCUGGUGAUAUCUUCGUAUUCAGCUUGGUCGACACAGACACCCUUUCAAAGCAUGCCUGGGCGGCGGUUGGUUGCUGGACUGAGAGGCGUUGUGUACUACGUACGAGGAUACUACAAUGUUAUUAGAUCGGUCUUACGGUGGUAGUAGUAAUGGGACGAGCCUCUGACUGAC